AUGUCUGGUAUCCCGGUCCCCUUCAGCGACAUCGCUAAGCCAGCGAACGAUCUCCUCAACAAGGACUUCUAUCACACCACCGCUGCGAACCUCGAGGUCAAGUCCAAAGCGCCAAAUGGCGUUGUCUUCCAAGUCAAGGGGAAAUCCGCCCACGAUGGUCCAAUUUCUGGCUCGGUGAGCACCAUGAUAAUUAAGCGAAACUUCAGAAUAUCGUAUAUUAACGGCAGAGCAAAGAUCGAAGGGAAAUACUCGGACAAGGCAACUGGUCUCACCCUCACCCAGACUUGGACGACCUCGAACAGCCUGGACACAAAACUUGAGCUUGAGGAUAACCUAACCAAGGGGUUGAAGGCCGAGGUCCUGACCAACUAUCUACCUGCGCAGAGCGCCUACGGUGGAAAGCUCAACCUCUUCUACAAGCAACCCAACAUCCACACCCGAUUGUUCACCGACCUCUUGAAGGGACCUAAAGCCUCCUUCGACGUAACUCUUGGUCACGAAGGUUUCCUCAUUGGCGCAGAAGGUGGAUAUGAUGUCGGCAAGGCCGCCAUCACAAGAUAUGCCCUUGCAGCGGGAUACAGCCAAGGUUCAUAUGCUGCCGCCGUCACUGCCACCAACAACCUGACCGUUUUCUCCGCGAGCUACUACCACAAGGUCAAUGCUGAAGUCGAGGCUGGCGCAAAGGCGACUUGGGACGCAACGGCCGGAAGCAACGUUGGUUUGGAAGUUGCCUCGAAAUACAAGCUCGACCCCAGCUCUUUCGCAAAGGCCAAGAUCAACGACCGUGGUAUUGCCGCUCUGGCUUACAACGUUAAACUCGGAACCGGUGUCACCCUCGGUUUGGGAGCCUCGUUUGACACUCAAAACCUGAAUCAAGCUGCCCACAAAGUCGGUGCUUCCUUCACAUUUGAGGGUUAA